AACAACCGCACUGACCACAGCAGAGAAACAGCCAAGAGCUCGCAAGUUGCCGGAAAUAACUCCAAACAGUCUGGCUAAUAUUUGUGACUGCCUUACGUAUGUUCAUUCAAUUUGAAUGUGAUUAUGCAUAUCUCGAGGGGCACACAAAUCGAAUAUGUAAGUUAUUUCUGCACUGCAACACGAGACUGUCACUGGUGAUCUGGAGAACUUAAAGAGCAAGGAAUAAACUGACAAGCCAGGAGGGAGGCAGUCUCCCGGUCAAAGGCACAGCCUUUGGAUUGGCCCUGGACGCUUUCGGUAAGGUUCAGGGCUCAGCCCAGAGAGCUCGGCAGCGCCGCCUCCCUGCUCAACUUUCACUGGCGGUUGCUUUGGGAACACAGCAAUGUGUGGCGAUGUCAGGAGCAGCAGCACUCUCGGUCACGUUAAACUGAGAAGGAGACGUCUUUCACCUUCAGCGGAAUAGUUGGGACUAAGAUGUAUAAUCUUUUGGGGCUUCGAGACAAAUACUUUAGACAUUGAUCUGUUAAUAUUGUGGUGUUCGCGGCUAACAGAUGAUUUCAUUCCAUUUGUGUCGAUUGUCCGACAAGAAAUGGCGUUAAACAAGAUUAAGUAUUAAAUCAACUCAAAGUGACCGAACUGUGGCAGAGACGAUCGCUGUUCGUCUUAAACGUUAACCGUUCUGCUUUUCCAGCUUUUCAGCAGCAGAACUAGGAAAUCUUGACCACUGGAGAUGAAUUGGUUUUCGACACUGGAUUUGUUGGCGCUUUGCUUAAUUUUCUUCCAGCAUAAGUUCGGCGCUGUUAAAGGAUAUGGGGACGAAGACGAACGGAGAUGUGAUCCUAUCAAAAUAGCAAUGUGCCAGAAUUUGGGCUACAAUGUGACCAAAAUGCCGAAUCCAUUGGGUCACGAGUUACAAACAGACGCCGAGUUACUGUUACAAACUUUUACACCUUUGAUUCAAUAUGGCUGUUCCAGUCAACUGCAGUUUUUUUUAUGCUCUGUUUAUGUGCCGAUGUGCACGGAAAAAAUCGACAUCCCGAUCGGCCCGUGCGGCAGCAUGUGCCAAUCUGUGAAGCGGAGAUGUGAACCUGUUCUGAAGGAAUUAGGUUUCUACUGGCCCGAGACAUUAAACUGCAGCAAAUUCCCACCGCAAAACGACCACAAUUAUAUGUGUAUGGAGGGGCCCGGGGACGAGGAUGUCCCCUAUCAUACUAACAAAAUAUCCAUCUCAGCAGAAGAGGAGUGUCUGAACAUGGGGGGCAAGUUGGAUAACUAUAUCUGGGUCAAGAGAAGUCUCACUUGUGCCCUGAAAUGUGGUUACGAUGUCGGUUUGUUCAGUAGAUCUGCCAAAGAGUUCACAGACAUUUGGAUGGCAGUUUGGGCCAGUCUGUGUUUUCUAUCGACAGCAUUCACAGUUCUGACAUUCGUCAUCGAUUCUUCUCGGUUCUCGUACCCAGAGCGACCGAUUAUUUUCUUGAGCAUGUGCUAUAAUAUAUAUAGCAUUGCCUACAUAGUGCGGCUUACAAUAGGCAGGGAACGUAUAUCAUGUGACUUCGACGAUGCCGCCGAGCCGGUGUUAAUUCAAGAAGGACUCAAAAAUACUGGAUGUGCCAUUGUUUUCUUGCUGAUGUACUUUUUUGGGAUGGCGAGCUCCAUCUGGUGGGUAAUUUUGACACUUACUUGGUUCUUGGCCGCUGGUCUGAAAUGGGGACAUGAAGCAAUAGAGAUGCAUAGUUCCUACUUCCACAUUGCAGCAUGGGCCAUCCCAGCGGUGAAGACUAUUGUUAUACUAAUCAUGCGACUAGUAGAUGCUGAUGAACUCACGGGUUUGUGUUAUGUUGGAAACCAGAACAUUGAUGCAGUCACUGGGUUUGUGGUUGCGCCUUUAUUCACAUAUUUAGUCAUAGGAACUUUGUUCAUUGCAGCUGGCCUGGUGGCAUUGUUCAAAAUCAGAUCUAAUCUUCAGAAAGAUGGAACAAAAACAGACAAGCUAGAAAGACUGAUGGUAAAAAUUGGCGUCUUUUCGGUUCUGUAUACAGUACCUGCCACCUGUGUCAUUGCCUGCUACUUUUAUGAAAUAUCAAACUGGAACCUUUUCAAGUAUUCAGCAGAUGAUUCCAAUACAGCUGUUGAAAUGUUAAAGAUCUUUAUGUCUUUGUUGGUGGGCAUCACUUCUGGCAUGUGGAUUUGGUCUGCAAAGACAUUACAUACUUGGCAAAAGUGUUCAAACAGACUUGUGAGUUCUGGAAAAACGAAACGAGAUAAACGUGGAGAUGGCUGGGUUAAACCAGCAAAAGGCAGUGAAACUGUUGUAUAAGUGUGUAUAUAUAUAUAUGGGAAGAAACAUGUAAUGGUGUCGCUUUUUGUUUGUUUACAAAAGCUUGAUUUCAAAGCAUCACAGAGAAAUUUGCUGUGUCCCAUCUCUUAUAGAAACUUCAAAAUAAGUGAGAAUGUGCCUUUGUACUGAAGAAAAUCAGUUGGAAACCAAUGUACAUUACUGAACAAAAAUGUUUCCUAAGUCUACAAUAAAAUAGAAUAUGACUUUAUAUGAACAUUUGGUCCAAGAUUGUGGAAUUUUAUAUCUUUUGUGUAUUGUAUUUUAGUAGUUCUUACUGUACUUUUGGAAAAGCAGUGUAUGUAAACCAAAGAAAAGAGAGUAAUACUGUAGUUCUUUAAUGAAACUUUGGAUAAAUAACCGUGAUACUCGAAAAGCAUUACAAUGUCUAAAUAGAUAGAUCUGUGACAAAAUUAGUUUUAUUUUAGUUGAAGAACAACUCAUCCAUCUCAUAUAGACAUUAAAUUUGGUACACUGGAAAUGUGGAGCUAAAUAUGAAUGUGUGGUUGAAGCACCACCAAUAGCCAACAUUACAAUCUAGACAACAUGGUGUGCUAUACCUCCUAAUUUUUGGAUAAAUGAAGUAGGCUAUUAUUUACAAAUGUUUAAGCACAGAAGUGGGUCUGCUGGUUUUAUGUAUUAUUCUGCAUGAAUAUUUUAAACAUAACGGAAUGACCUGUGUGAAGAAAUGUUUGUCAGGUGCUUGAAAUUCUCUGAGCCUUAAAUGCAAAUUGACUGCAAGCUGCUUCAUUCAGGGCAACACUGAAGGAUAUUUUCUAUGUUUUGCUGUGACAGGCUCCCCAGGGAUCCAUCAUAACUAAUUCUUUGAGCACUGUUGGUUUUAAGCUUCUAAAAUUAAAGAU